GAGCAGGAGCAGGAGCAGAGCAGCAGCAGCAGCACCACCACCACCACCACCACCAACCAACCAACGUUGCCUCAUCUUCUCGAGCAGUGCUUGGGGCGAUGGCGAGGGUGCACCCUGGAGCUAGAGGCAUCGAGCUGGGGGAUUCUGGCUCGGUAGCCUUCAGCAAGGACGGUGAAACGGCGCAGGAAGAGGCCGGAGCAGUAGCCUCUGUGCUGACCGUGUGGCGGCGGUCGCUCCUCUUGAACGGGAAUGGAUUCACGGUGUUCGACGCGAAGGGAAAGUUGGUGUUCAGGGUUGAUAACUACGCCUCCGGGAGCAGGACGGAGGUCGUCCUCAUGGACGGCGUCGGCGAGCCGCUCCUCACGGUUCGAAGAAAGAGAAGCUCAAUCGCUCUGCCGCUCGCAACUCUUACACAGAAACUAAGUCUAGGAGAGCAAUGGAUGAUCUAUGAAGGGGAAGAUAGAGCUAAUCCUCGAUUCGUGGUGAAGAGACAUUUGAAUCCCCUCUAUUCCAGGGCACUGGCGCGAGUCACACCCUGUGCGUCCGAUGCCAAGUCUUGCCAGGGCUACAAGGUCGAAGGCUCUUACGCGCAGCGCCGCUGUGCCAUCCUUGACGAUGAGCGGCAGCGAGUGGUGGAGAUGAAGAGAAAGGAGUCUGCCAAGGGCGUUUCUUUCGGGCUCGACGUCUUCCACUUGAUCGUGCAGCCAGGCUUCGAUGCCUCAGUAGCCAUGACUAUCGUGCUGCUCCUUGAGCAGAUGUUUGGGUCCGGAGCAUCACUGCUGAAAAUUGGCAAAUCAUGAAUAAACACAGAGAAAGAGUGGAGGACCCGCGAUCUCAGAAGGUGAUUGGGAUAGGUCGUAGGCAAGGGGGACUCUAUGUCUUUGAUAAGCUUCAAGUACCAGAUGUCACAGCUUCUAGUGUUGAUUUUUCAUCUUUCCGAUUGAGUCAUUCUUCUUAUGAUUUUUACUUAUGGCAUACUCAUCUAGGUCAUGUUUCAGCUUCUCGUUUACAAU